CAACCAACAGUAGACAUCACGGGAACACAAGCCUGUUUCAAUAUAUAACUACUGUAAUACCAACUGCCCAUACAAGAUAAAAGAUGGCUCUACCACCAGGCGGAUUACAGGAGAUAUGUUUCUCCUUCGACACCACUGGUUCCAUGUACAGCUGCCUGGACGAGGUUCGUGGACGUAUCCAGGACAUGAUUCAGCGUCUCCAGGCCGACAUACCCGGCAUCAAGAUCGCCGUCUUCGCUCACGGCGACUACUGUGAUAGAAGCAACUACAUCACCAAACACAUCGACUUUACCACCGACGCGGCGACGCUGUGUAAGUGGGUUAAUGACGUAGGGAGAACAAGUGGUGGUGACGCGGACGAGUGUUAUGAACUUGUUCUGCACGAGGUUCAAAGUUUGAACUGGACUCCGGGAUCACAGAGGGCACUAGUCAUGAUUGGGGACAACAACCCACACGAACCUAACUAUCCCCAGAACAAUCAGAGAUUGGACUGGAGAACGGAAUCAGACAACUUGUCAAACAUGGGAGUCCGAAUCUAUUCAGUUCAAUGUCAGAAUUACAAUGGCGCAGACCACUUCUACAAGACCAUAGCUGAAAAGACAAGCGGCCAUUACCUCAAAUUGGCACAGUUCACCAAUAUUUUUGAUUUUAUCAUGUCGAUCUGCUACAGAGAAAAGGGCGCCGAGUUUUUACAGGAUUACGAGAAGGAAGUCAGGGCGAGAGAUGCCACUGGGGGUAUUCACAAAGAUUUAGAUACACUCUUCGGAGUUCUCAAACGAGCUGAUAGUAGCCAUGACGACACCAAGAUGGAUACGACGGUUGCACCAAAACCUCCGGCUCUAAUCAAGGUUUCGUCACUAACGAAAGUCCCAUCUUUAACAAACAUGAAGAAGAAAAUGGGAAAGACCUCGCUGACGUCUAGGCGUACAGGAACUACAAGUAAACCUCGCACAGUUACGAAGAACGCUGUUGCACCUAAGGUGAGAAGGGAAAACGUUCCGGAAUCUCAUUUUGCUCUCUCAAGCCGAAAGUGGAGUGACUGGCAAACAUGUUUAUCGUGUGAUAAAACUGAUAGUGACUUGUGGGAGAAAAGGAAUGGCGCCCAUUUUGGUUACAGAAGAAAGGAUAUUUUUGAUGGGAAGUUGACGAGGCCCACUAUUUACGAAUUUGCUGUUCAAAUAGUUCCCGGUCACAAGAGGCAUAUCGUGUACUCAAAACUUUGUCACGGACUAACAUUUGCAGACACCUGGGAACGUCGUCUACUCGGACAGAAGGAUGUUCGGGGCCAAAUUGAGGACAUCCUUUCUAAAGGGUGUUCUGUUGCUGUUCGGAGACUAAAACUCGUCAACAGAAAAAUAAGCAAAGCUAAAGCAGUGAAUUCCUUACGUUGCUAUGACUACGCUUGGCGUCGAUACGGAAAUCUAAGGACGAGUCAUAGGUGUGUGGUUAAAGGAUCUGUACAGAUAUCAAACGACACCUUCUAACUUUAUAUACAAACAUUGUUAUAUUUUGUGAUAUUUUGGUAUUAUUUUGUGUCUUGUAAGUAUAUUUGUUAUAUUUUAUUGUUUGUGUUGUGAACAAUACCAUUGAUAUCGAUUAUUCAUUUCCUCCGAUUAAAUUUGUUCAUUGUAUUUAAUGAAACAUUUGUAUCUCAUUUUGCUUGGAAAUAAUGGCGCCAUGCGGAACAGUGCAAUUUAAACAUAAAGUUACAAAGGAGUAUCAUCCUAUACAUUACGUACAUAUGUAAAAUUAUCAUCAUUUGUUUUAUGUUUUAAAAUAUGAAUAAAAGAAAAAUCAAAAAUGAAAAAUUCUUAACUUUUGUGUGUAGGAAAAUGCUACUAUAAAAAUUCAGAAUUGAUCAACUAAAUUAGAAUACUAUCGAUAAUAAGGAGCUAUUAGAAAUAAGCAACACUUACCAUUUGAACAGUUGAAGAAAGGAUAACAAUGUAAUUAACCUCGGGAUACUCGUCAACUAUCCAAUAAAACAUACCAUGUAAUUCUGUCUACACUAUAUCGAACAUACCACCCAAGCAAUUCUGCUCACCUAUAUUAUUUUGUCUACACCAUCAAACAGAUCA